UCAUUUAGCAUCUGAGGGCUCAUGAAUGCAUCUGGUUGCAAUUUCGUGGUUCCAAAACUUCGGGUCUAGAGACAAAUAACAUGAAUGGGCUUAUACUUGAAACAUCUUGAUGAAAAGACUGCUCGUUAUCCUCUUAAGUUGAGGAAUGAGGAUCAAACUGAUUUGAAAAGCUGAUCAAAUCUCUCUAUCUGGUUGGGAGGAUGCCAAUUGGAAUGUCUAGUUUUAAAAAUGGUCACAUGAGAAAAUGCGAUUCGGAUUUUUGGCGGUAUAGUUUUUAACCCGAACCGGGCAUCCUAACCAGCAGGCGGAUAUAACUACUGGCAAUAUAUUUGCUUUGUUGGAAAUCUACAAACUUCUUCUUCCUUCCAAAUUUCAGCCUACAAACCAAUUGCACAAACGUACAGUACCAAGGGACAUGCUCCGUAGAUAUCUUCCAGGAACUGAAUUUAACUAACUGGAACGAAAUUCGAACAAGAAGAAAGCUGUUUGAUCCCUUGUCGCAGUAAAAAAAAAAAACUACAAAAUAGUUGGUUCCAUGAUUCGUUGUCGUUUUGUGAUUCACACCCUUGUUGGUGGCCAUUGCAGUUCACCUUCACAGCUCUUUGUUCACCGCUUAAAUCACCCUUUCAGAACUUUUAGUGUCUUUAACAAUCAUAUUUCAGUUCACAAAUACCCAUCAAAUGAUUUCAAAUUUCAACACCAGAAUUUGAUAAACUACAACCAUUUUAGCCAGUGCCUACAUGAUUGUUUACAUAAUGGGAAUUUCAUGCUAGGUUCAUCAGUUCAUACUCAUCUCAUAAAAUUGAGACUAAAUGGGUUUAUGUCCCUUUGGAAUAAGCUUCUUCAUUUCUACUGCAAAUCCAAUCAAAUGCAACUUUGUCUUCAACUGUUUGAAGAAAUGCCUUACAGAGAUGUAGUCUCGUUCAAUACAAUUAUUUCGGCCUCCUUUCGUAAUAAUGGUAGCCUAGGAGAAGGUAUAGAGUUGUUGUCAAAGAUGAAAAGAGAGGAUCUUGAGCCAAAUCAUAUUACAUUGUCUGCACUGAUUGGUGCUUGUGCUGGUUCUUCAGCUAGUAUGAAAUUAGCUGAGAUAUUUCAUGGUCAAGCAAUUCGAUAUGGGUUCUUUUCUAAUUGUUUUGUUGGAAGCUCUUUAGUUGAUAACUAUGGAAAGCAAAUGAAAUUAAAGGAGGCUGUGCAUGCAUUUGACGAUAUAGUGGAGUUAGAUUUGGUUUCGUGUAACAUAAUGAUCGAUUGUUUUGCACGUAAUGGAUGUAAAGAAAAAGCAACGAAAAUCUUUUUGAGGUUACGAAGCAAGGGUGUAGAAUUUGAUAGCUUCACUUUGGCAAGCUUAUUAAAAACGUGUUCAGAUCCAAGAGAUUUGAAGAGAGGAAUGGAGAUCCAUGGGUGUGUUAUAAAAGCCGGCUUAUCUUCUGAAAUACCCACCAGUAACGCACUUGUCACGAUGUAUUCCAAAUGUGAAGAAGAAUCAAUUGCUGCUAUAAAAAUAUUUGAGAGAACUCAAGCACCUAAUAUCAUCUCCUGGACUGCAAUUAUUUCUGGGUUUAUGCAAAAUGGGCAGAAUAACGAGGCAAUUAAGUUCUAUGAAAGAAUGCUAAAAGUGGGGAUGAAGGAAAAUCAGUUCACCUUUGCUAGUAUUCUUCCAGCUUACAAUGGUUUAACAAGGUUGGAGCGAGGGAUGCAAGUUCAUGGCAGGAUAAUUAAGUUAGGAUUUGUUUCAGAUACUUUGGUGGGUAAUGCUCUUAUUGAUAUGUAUUUCAAGUGUGGAAGCUUGAUAGAAGCAGAAAUGGUGUUCGAAAAAAUGGAAGUACGCGAUGUUGUUUCUUGGACAAUGAUGAUUACAGGAUUUGGUCAUCAUGGGAAAGGAAAAGAAGCUUUAGACAUCCUGAGAAUGAUGCUAAGUGAAGGAUUUAAGCCAGAUGAUAUUACAUUUCUUGGAGGUCUGUCUGCAUGUAGCCACUGUGGGCUUGUUGAUGAAGGCCUUCAGAUUUUUCGGGUGAUGGUAGAUCAUUAUGGUAUUAAGCUGAGGAAGGAACAUUUUGCUUGUCUUAUUGAUAUGUUGGGUAGGGCAGGAAGGUUGAAAGAAGCAGAGAUGUUUAUUCAAGAAACGGGAGUUGGAUCAGAAGUCUUUGUAUGGGAAGCAUUGCUAGGUGCUUGCAGUAUCCAUGGAGAGAUUGAAUUGGGAGAAAGAUCCGCCGAAAAGAUUAUGAAAUUAGAACCGAGAAGAAAUCAACCUUAUGUGCUACUGGCGAAUAUAUAUGCUGAUAGGGGAUUAUGGGAGGACAAGGAAAGGGUCCGGGAGAGCUUGGGAAUGAGUGGGUUGAAAAAAGAGACCGGCAACAGUUGGAUUGCUGUGCAGCGUACAGUUUAGAGGUAUGACAACAAGGUGAAUCACAUGUCUUCAAGGAAUCACCACAUAGGAAAAAAGAGGAAAUAAUAUAGAUCUUCAUCAAUGGAGUAGUAUAUCUGUUAGUUUAAUCAAGGCAGUUGUGUGAUUAAAAUACAAGGAACAAAGCAGCACGUAGAGGUGGAUAAGCUUUUCUUUUUCCUGUCUAUUUUUUGAUCAUCUCUUCUCCAUUUCAAAGAUACAUUGUUUCGAAGGUGUAAAAAUAUUAACCUUCGUGAUGCUUAUUGUUUGGAGACAGUUCUUUAGUCUAUGUAUGGCAAGCACUGCUCUCUGCCGGAGCACUUGGGCGCUACCCCUGGCAGAAGACAUAGACCCUUGGCUUAAAUCCGCUUCUCUUUGCUGAAAAAGUGGUAAUAUUAGUCAGGCGCGAUCUACUCUACAGUACGACCCAGAAACUACUAUGGGAGAUUUGCGAUAUCAUGGACCUCCACAAGUGAUUAUAGCCUACUUAAAGUAACAAUGGUCUCUUAGGGAAGAUCUGAAACGAUAUGAAUCAUUUGCAAGGUUGCAGGUACCAGGAAUACCUUAUUUCUUUGAAUCCUUUAAAUGAUGGAAUCCUUUAAAUGAUGCAUUUGUGAUGCCUGCUUGGGGACUGAUUUUAGUAUAGUUUUUCGCAAUCCUGUAUGUAAUUGUUAAUUGUUCGUCUUUUUUGAGCUUUCUGGAGCAACAAACAGUUCGCCAAGGGUGCCAGGUGGUUCAGUUAGUUCUUCAAAUCCUCGUAUCUCCCUUAUGGCCCGUGUUUAUCUGAAACUUGGGACUUGGCAGUGGACACUUUUCUCCAGUGUUAGAUGAUGACACCAUACAAGAAGUCCUUGUUGCAUUCCAGUGCCACUCAAUGUGCAACUAAUUGGUCAAAAGCAUGGCACAAGCGGGCACUAUUCAAUACUGCAGUUAUAUCUCAUUACACUGUAAGAGGCUUCUCUGAUUUAGCUGGGGAGUAUGUUGUAGAAGCUGUUACUGGUUAUUUCAUUCAAUAUUGAUUGCAGCAACCACGAAAGGAGUGGAUGAUAGUUUACGGGAUAUCCUUCGUCUUCUCACGUUGUGGUUUAGUCAUGGAGCUAUAGCGGAGAUUUUAUUGGCACUGCAGAACGGAUUUGCGUAUGUUGAUACCAACACAUGGCUGGUUGUGUUGCCUCAGAUAUUGCCCGAAUACAUUCAAAUAAUAAUGCUGUGAGAGAACUCAUACAAUCACUUCUGGUGCGGAUAGGUCAAGAACAUCCACAGGUUUGCCUUUAGCUGGUCCAGAAUGUCUUCAUGUACUUUGGUUAAAUGUGGAGAAUGGGUUAACUCUUAUCACAUUAGACCACCAACUGACUACCAGAAGCUGGGUUUGUUUGUCCUCCCUAGCAAUAUUCUACGGGAAAGUAUAAAAGCCAGUCGAGCAAAACAUUUAUACUUCUGUCACAUAGGUCUUUUUAGUUUGACUCCGACAAAUGUUGAGGGUCUUCCGACUGUAUGUUGGGUCUAUGAUUUUAGUGUUUAAGAUUUUGCUGAAUUUAGCAGAUGCUGCCAUUAGUUCUAAUUCAUUGAAAGAGUGUUUGGGAUGUUGCUGGAUUUAGCAGAUGCCACCAGGCUGUAUUUUGGUGAACAUGACAUUGAAGGAAUGUUAAAUGUGCUGGAGCCACUGCACGAAAGGCUCAAGGUGGGGGCCAGCACUGUUAAAGAACAAACCUUUAUCCAGGUAGUUGUCUGCUCAAGGAAUAAAUUCAUUUUGGUACUUCCAUAGAUCUGGAUUUUGCGGAACUGUUGCUUGGUGAAACGAAUUGUGAUUGAUUGACUAGGUAACAUCUACUCAUGUCCAGUUCAUAAAUCUUGUGGCGAAUUCAAUGUAUUUUCAGCUCAAAUUGUGGUCGACCCUUGGUUUAAGUGAACGAGUUGUUAAGCAGAAACCUUAUGGAUCGGCUGACUGAUUGCUCAAAAUUCAAGGAUUUUCAGAAUGUAUGUUUAUGACCUUGAAGCAUUAACAAUACUUCUAGGAUUUGAGACUCUGAACUACUGAUCCCUCCAAGUUGGUUAGUCGUGUUUGGUGCAAUGAGUUUGAGGUCUGCUUUGCCAGAUGCCUUAUCGACCAUGUCGCUACCAUAUAUCUCUUGAAGGUUAAAAUUUCUCCGGAAUGUGCAGUGUGGUAAGUUGGAGCUUUGUCAAACAAUGUUUACCUUUGUAGUCUUUGAGCUUAUGCAGCGAGUUUUUGUUAGGCAGUAAUGGGAACAUAAACAAUUUAUACCAAAGCUGUAAAAAUGAUAUUCCUGUCUAUUGGCAUUCAUUUAUUUUAUA